AGACGCGAGCAAAGCGACCGGCCGGCCGCGCUAGCUCGAUCCGCCCAGCUGCUGCGGCCGCUGCUAUACAGCUAGCUAGUGAGCCUAGUGGGAAAGGGGGGGAAGGGCUCAAGAAUAGGCGUCGCGAGAGGCACGUCCACCGCCCGAGCUCACCUCACCGGUCACCGGUGCAACUUUUCCGCACGCGGCCUGGCCGGCCAGCUCCCUCGCGCCGUGCACUUUCUAUAUAUAUAAAAGGCGGGGAGGGAGGCGGGCGCCAUGGAGAGGAGCAGCAGCGGGUGGUUCAAGAAGUGGAGGAGGAGGAGGAAGGCGCGGGAGGGGCGGGGCGCCGGCGGGGAGGGGGACCAUCAACACAAGGUGGUGGUGGACGGGUCGGAGAUCCGGGAGCUGGUGGAGGACGGGGAGGCGUUCGGGAUGCUCGUGGACACCACGUUCCGGCAGCUCGACGCCGACGGGGACGGCAAGCUCUCCGUGCGGGAGCUCCGGCCCGCCGUGGCCGACAUCGGCGCCGCGCUCGGGGUGCCCGCGGAGGGGGCGUCGCCAAACACCGACCACAUCUGCUCGGAGGUGGUGAGCGAGCUGACUCAUGGGACGUCCCAGGGCGAGGUGAGCAAGGCCGAGUUCCAGGAGGCCCUCUCCGACAUCCUCCUCGGCAUGGCGGCGGGGCUCAAGAGGGACCCCAUCGUCAUACUGCGCAUGGACGGCAAGGACCUCCGGGACUUCGUCGCCAGCACCAGAUACGAGCCGUCAGCGGCCGCCAUUUUCUCGCAGGUCGGCUCUGAAGGCGUGCCCCUGCGCCAGUGCCUGUCGGCCGCCCUUGAGCAGCUCGCCGUCGACCAUGGAGUGCCGCCGGCUUCGGACGCCUGGGUUGCCGAGAACAUCGUGGAGCCGGCACUGCGGCAGCUUCCUGCCGAUCAGCUUGAGCAGCCGGCCUCCCGAGAUGGUUUCGUCCGGCAGCUCAGGGAUCUGCUGGGCGCCGUCGCCGAACGGCUCCAGGAGCAGCCCGUGAUCGUCGCCCACACCGAGAACACCUACGACGGGAGUGGCGUCAAGAGGCUGCUGGCCAACAAAUUCGAGCUCGACAAGCUGCUGGAUUCUGUUUGGAGAGGCGUGGCAGGAGAGCAUAAGAACAAGGCAUCCAAGGAAUGUAUCAUAGCUGCACUUGAUAAGAUGGCCGAUGCUGCAAGCGUGCCACAUUAUGGCGCUGUUAAACAGGUGGAUGCUGUGGUGAACAAGGCCAUCAAGACGGCGAGCGCCGACGGUGGAAAGACGGUGGACGAAGCCGAGUUCAAGAAAUUGCUCACGGAUACCCUUGGGGCCGUCAUGCGGCAACUGAGCAGCAACCCCGUCUUCGUCUCCACCAACACCGUCGUGCACGAGCCAUUGUCCGGUUCAUCCGGCCUGUUCUCCUCGCCGCCGCCCGUGACAUCAUCGCCAAAGUGAAUAAAGUUAUACUAUACAUCAUACAUGACAGUUAUGUGGAGGGAACAGGGUGUCAGUAUUUGAGCGGUGCCUGUGGUGUUGCUUUUUGUCUGAUCACAGGCACUGAAGCAGCAUGUUAUGCUGGCUCGGUUACAACCUGACGAAGUGCAACGAUGCAUUUCGUCAGGUUUGUUAACCUGAUUCAUAUUUACUGGAAUAAGGUAAUUAAAGCCAGACACAUUGUUUAUAAAAAAAAACAGACACAUUGAUCAAUGGGAAAUGCAACUAUUUUGCAAUUUUUAA